CACUAUACCUCAAUCCUCCACAGAACUUAUAAACACGGUGGCCAAUAACCAGCCUUACAAAAUGCUCCUCCGCGGUACUCCACUCAUCCACCACCCACCACCUCACCACCGUCACCACCCACCACUCCUCACCACCAACACCCUCAAACCACCACCACCCACCACCCGGAUCUCCCCCACCAAACUUCUCCUCACCUCCACAGCAACAACAGUAGCAGCAAUAAUAUUGUUCUCCACAACCACCAUGCCAUCAACAGCAGCCGCCGCAGAACUCAGAACACCGCCACCGGACGCCGCCGAGACUCUCUCAAACAUUCCACAAAUGUUGUCAGGAGAUUGUGUUCAGGGGCAAGAUGGGGAUUGCAAGAAGGCUAGGAUACAGAAGCCGAAAUCAAGGAAAGCGGAAUCGUGUACGAUAAAGUGUGUGACCACUUGUAUACGAGGUGGUGAUGGGUCGCCUGGAGAAGGGCCGUUUAAUGUUCGGAGACCGUUGGUUGUGUUCAAGCAGGGGUUUAGGAGUCGGCAUUAUUGUUUGGUGGAGUGUUCGGAUAUUUGUAAUUUGAUAAGAGAUGGAGAUGAUGGGCCUUGAAAGUAAUUGGUAUGUGAAUUGUGAUUGUUUAUAUGGUUUUUUCAAUUGGAUAACUUGUUAUAGUGAUUUUUAUGGUCAGUUCAACAAUGUUUAUAGAGAUUUGUUGAUUUUUAUUAUCA